UUGACCUGAAAAUGACCUUGCUGAUGUGGGAAAGACCAUGCUCAUGACAUUAUGAUCGCUUUAUCGUGGAACGAAGAUCAACCACGGUCACAUUUCACCCAUCUCACUGUGGAGUUAACUGUGGAUAACGUGAGCUAGGAGAAAGUUACACAGCCGUUUGAUAUGGUGAUUUUAACUCAUAUUUCCGUCUUUGUUUACCUCGUUGCAACGGCAACAUUCUGUCAGGGAAUAUCAAAGGAUGAUUUCUUUGUGAGAAAUUUGAUGAGUAAGUAUGGGUCGAACGACACGUUGAGCGUGGACCAGUUAAGUUCGUUGUUGGAAGCGUUGAAGGAUGGCGGAGACCAAAAUCUUGCCGAUAGUCACGGGGCCACUUCUGAUAACGGGGACCAUGCUUGUUACGUGAACCCAGAUACAGAUUCGAUACCUUCAGCGUCGGAGGCUUGUCUCAAAGAAAAGUGCCUCACAGCUGAAGAAAUAGUUUCUUUCCAUUCCCUACCCAAUAGAAGCACUAUCAACUCUGUAACCCUGAAAAAGAUAAGCCCGACUCUACUGUAUCAAGCUCAGAAUAAAAAAUGUUUUAUACCCCGUUUGGCAAAAAGCAGCAAAUCUAAAAAGCCUACAAAAGGAGAAGUUUGGGGAUAUGGUAUUCUGUUUGUGACUAUAACCAAUAUAUGUGCUCUCCUUGGUGUGCUCCUGGUCCCUUUCAUGAACAAAUUUUUCUACAAAAAGUUACUGAUAUUCAUGGUGGCCCUUGCUGUAGGAACACUGGCUGGAAGUGCUUUGUUUUUCUUGAUACCAGAUUCUUUUGGAUUAGCAGAAUAUGAUGAAGAAGGGGCAUAUAUAUGGAAAGGAUUGACAGUACUAGGGGGAAUAUAUUUAUUCUUUAUUUUAGAGUAUACCAUGAAGGCAAUCAUGUACAGAAAAGAGAAAAAGAAAGAAAGGCGUAGAACCUAUGAAGAAAUAGCCACUCUGGCAUCAGUCCAAACUCACACCCAUGUUGAAGUGGAUCCAGAGCUGAAAGUUCCACCUGAAAUGAAGGAGGGGGCAGCCAAGUAUGGAAUCAUGCAGGGCAAUGAGAGCAGUGCUGAUUUAUUAGAUGACAAUGGGAGAGAGGAAGGGGAAGAGAAUGAUGCAUGCAAUGUAAGUUGUAAAUAUAUAUGUAUACAUAUAUACAUAAGCAAUAGUAAACCUAUCUCUUUUAGAUUUGGCUCUACCCAGGAGAUAUGGGGCUUGCAUGGUGUUUUUAAUUUUGGGAAGUCUUAUAAGUGGUUUAACAAGUUGUUUUAGCUAGAUCAUCUGAAUUUCUCAAAGUUAUGAAUUCUUGGGGACAAGCUUGUCUAUUGGCUCUGACCUUCAGUGAAGUCAUAUCUACUUAUCCAUGAUAACAGGCAGAUGGAAUUCUCAUGUAUGGCAUGUAAUGGAGUUCAUAGGAAAAUUAAUCCAUGUAUUUCCAUCAUUAUACAGGAUUAGAUUAUGUUAAACUUGCUAGUUGGCAACCAAACGGCUGGUAUUUAACCAAUUAUAAAGAUAAUAUAAUGAU